GGCAUACGCGGCGAUCUUAUAAUUAAUUGUAUAACGAACAAAUAAUAGAAACAUGAAUAUAUUCCGUUUGCUUGGUGAUCUAUCCCACCUGUUAGCUAUAAUAAUAUUGUUAUUAAAGAUUUGGAAAUCAAGAUCAUGUGCAGGGAUAUCAGGAAAGUCUCAGAUUCUGUUUUCAGUGGUAUACACGACACGUUAUUUGGAUCUACUUACAACUCAUGUGUCCCCGUAUAACACUGUCAUGAAGUUGGUGUUCAUCUUUACCUCCUAUGCAACUAUUUAUUUGAUGUAUGUCAAGUUUAAGGCCACCUAUGAUCACAACCAUGACACAUUCAGGAUUGAAUUUCUACUGAUCCCCACCUUUAUCUUGGCUUUAUUGAUAAACCAUGAGUUUACUGUUUUGGAGGUAUUGUGGACUUUUUCCAUUUAUUUGGAAUCUGUCGCUAUUCUACCUCAACUGUUCCUGGUUUCAAAAACAAGAGAGGCCGAAAGCAUUACCUCUCAUUAUCUGUUUGCUUUAGGUUCAUAUAGAGCUCUGUACCUCUUGAACUGGGUUUACCGUUAUGUUGUGGAGUCUCACUAUGAGUUGAUAGCGAUUAUCUCGGGUGUUGUGCAGACAAUUCUGUACUGUGAUUUCUUUUACCUUUACAUUACGAAAGUGUUGAAGGGAAAGAAACUACAGUUGCCAGCUUAAGUUUUUUGAUAAUAUCUGUUUAAAUGUUUUUGGUGUGAACCAAUAAAUUACCUAAGAUUUAGUUUGUAUAAACUUUGUCUGUUUUGUGCUAUUGUGAAAUUGUUUAUUAACUAAUCACAAUGUAUGAUUGUAAUACUGCAACAAAAUGAAUGCAGUCACAAGCAAUAAAUAAUUAUUAUAUGGUAUUUAGGAUUUUUUAAUUUGGUACAACAAAUGUAAAAAAGGAUAAAAUUAUUACAAGAAAAUUCCUAGGAUUUCUUAUGUAUGUUUGAAGUACUAUGGACUAAUAUGUAUUUAAAAUUAUAAUUACGUAAGUGGUGGUACUUGAGGUAAGAAAAAAUGCAGUCAGUAAGUAUAUACACAAGUGUAGUUCAUUAACAUCAAAAGUAUGGCUGUUUGUGGCAUUCCAUUUUUAACUUCCUGUCCUGAUCAUUAAAUUCCCUAAAGUGGUAUGUACCAUAUUAUUUUGCCCUAAUAAUCGAUAAUUCAGAACUUGUCUGUUUUGUAAGUGUUUAAAGACACUUUAAUUUUCGUAUUCUGUAUUGGAAUAAAUUUAUAGAGUCAUAAUUGUUUUAUUUUUUAUAAUUGAGCCAUUUAACGAGAAAUUACUAGGUAGUAGUUUUCAGUUUGCCCUUAAAAUCUAUAAUAAGUUUAGUAAAUUGGACUCUGUAGCUGUGACAUUAUUGUAUGUGACUGCUUUUACAUUUUACGUAAAUUUAAAUAAAUGAGUACUUUCGUAUUAGAUUGACGAAUAAGUUCAAAAUAUUAUGAAUACCUUCAAUUAUGACUGGUUUUGCCAAUAUUUAUUUCUUAUAAUUACACAGGGUCAAUUUUUAGUGGUGAAUCAAAUAUUUUUCUUAGUUGAUCAUACAAUUACUUUCACUGGUAGUUAAAUAAUUAAAAUUUUGUUAUCUAAUUUAUUUUGAAUUAUUGGCAACAUUUCAUUAGGUUUCGCGUUUAUCACGACCACGACUAGAAUUUUGCUGGCUGCAUUUUGUUUUGGUGUGAACAAGAUUUGGUGUGGUGUACCAAGAGCAGCAAAGUACUAUUUUUUGUAUGUAAGUAUACAAAUGUAAUUCCGACGAGUUAAGUGAUCCGACUGCGGGACCAUGGAACACAACAGUAACACUGAUAGUAUUUCUUUUUAAUAAUUAAAUAGCUUAUUGAUUGUGACCAAUGUAAAUGGUUCGUCUUUGACUUUAUUGCGAAAUGCAGCUUCGAUUCACCAUUAAACAUUCACCCUAUAUAGGACUUAGAUAUAGGAUGAAUCCAUUAUAAACAAUUAAAAAAAAUCGCGUCUUCUAAAUCAAAGUAACAUUAAUUUAGACUAACACAAUAAUAUGUAUGUAUAAGGUAGAGCCGACUAGAGCCAAAUUUAGUAUUAUAAUAUAUUUUUUAUGUGUAUGAAUUUCAUAUUAUUUGUUGGAUUUGGUGUGCCUAUAAAUGAUAGGCAAACUACAUAAUAGGUUAAUGUAUGGAAGAUUUCCUAUCGGUAAUUUCUUCCAUACAUUGAUUUAAUACAAUAUAGUUUAAAUAAGGAUACGUUUUACUGUGUGCGCGUUUAUAUUUUUCAUUUAUUACUUUAAAAAAGAACGUAGCCAGUUUCGGGCGUGUUUAAUUUUAAUAAAAGUAAUUAAUAAAA